UCGGUGCUCGCAAGCAGCGCUGUUGUGUGAAGCCGAGUGUGCACGGCGAGACGAGCGAACACACAGGCACAGCAGCGCGUCGCAACUUCAGCAACUUCGUUCGUUCGUUCAGCGUUAGUUUCCCUUUCUUUUUUUUUUAUUCCCCACUGUUUCCUUUUUCCCGGCCAGCUCUCGCCAUUUGCGCCGUGCGGCCAACCGUGUUCGCCACCGUAAAAAAUGGCCAUCCCGAGCUGAGCACCCCAGCGGUGUUCCACACCCUGGUUGGGCAGCGAUCCAAGGUGCUUUCCCGGUCCACCCCCUCUCCCGAUCCCGAGGGAGGCAGAUCCGCGCGGAGAAGGGCAAAACCCGGGAAUGGCCGCUGCUACGGGGGGUUUGUUGGAUUUCAUCUUGCAACCUAUUUUUUUGUCUGCUUGUGCUCGUAUACGUGUAUGUGUCGGUGGGUUGGUGGGCCGAAAAAGGGCCAGAGUCCCACUUUUUUUCUCGCAGCAGCAGCAGCAGCAGCACCGCCACCACCACCCGCAGGUCAAAGGGAAGAUUCGUCGCACCGUUUGGAUAAUCCUAUUUAAUGAAACGAACAACUUAGUUAUAAUGAAAUUACGCGAAAAAUUACAUUUUAAGAUUUAAACUUUAGAAAAAGUUUUACAAAAUUAUAAACCUCGCAUUAUUUAUAACUUACAUUUAACUAUAAUUAUAUCUUAAUCAUAUAUAUAUAUAUAUUGAGCUAAAUAUAUAUGUAUACAUAUACUAUUAAUUAAAAAUUACCGGAUCGCGCAAAGAAACCGGUAGAACUUAUACACAAAGGAAGUGGAAGAAGAAGAAGAAAGCAAAAAGGCUCCAUCUUUUACAAUAAAACCACGCAACAAACAAAACAGAACGAACGAACGCAAGACACAAAACUCCACACAAAAAUAAACACACCCACACACACCCAAACACCACAAAAUUACACAAAGAUGACUACUCGCAAACAGACAAAAUUCUCCACCAAAAUUCAGUUCUACCUGAAGCACAGAGAGUCGCGGAUACUGAAGCUGUGCAACGACACGAUCGGGCCGGUGCCAAACGAUUCCCUCAGCAAAGCGAUCUUCAGACUGUUGUCCAAACCGGUAGACAAUAAAGGCAUUAUACAACUUUUUGUCGACAAGGGCCAGCAAGCUGCUCAAUCGACUGUCACGAGCAGCAGCAGCAGCAGCAGCAGCAGCAACAGCAGCAGCAGCAACAACAGCAACAACACUGUGAAGACCGUUCUGCCGGAGUAUCAGAAGGAGGUGGAGCGCUUCCACGGGCGCAUCAUCUGCAACGACAACACCUGCAUCAUCGACCCGGUCGCCUCUCCCAAGAACGACAGCAAUUCGGGCAAUCCUCGCACCCACUCGUUCCGAAUUGUCUCGUUCAGCAAGGAGAGCGGCGUCACCGCCGGCGGCGACACGUUCGCGCCCGCCGCCGACGACGACGACGGGCCGGCAGUGGUCGGUGGUGCCGGUGCGGCGCAGGAGCAGGAGCAGGCACAGAACCUCAUCACCCGGUCGCCGCCGGCCGCACGGUCCCCGUCGGCCGGUCCGGCUGCUGCCGCCAGCGUGGUACCGCUGGCGGGCUCGACCAGCAGCCACAAGGCGAUCCUGAUGUGCUUCAGCUGCAAGCUCAGCUUCGGCACCUGCCGGUCCUUUAUAGCGCAUGCCAAAAUCGAGCACAGUCUCACACUGAACGACUACGAGCGGAUGCUGCUGGAGAAGAACUACAGCAGUGCCAUCAUACAGACGAACGCGGAGAAGCAGUUCUUUUUCCUGGUUCCUUUCGAAGAGAAAUCUUCAGCCAACAGUAACAGUAGGAAGCACGUGGAGGGCGACGAGAGAUACAAGACCAAUAGUAGUAGUAAUAAUGGUAGCAACAACAGCGGCAGCAACAGCAGCAGCAGUAGCAGCAGCAACAGCAGCAGUAGUAGCGGCGGUAGCAACAACAACAACAACAACAACAACAGCAACAGUGCGGCCAGCGCACUCAUCGGACCCGGAAGCGGUACGGCCGUCGGGGGCGGCCCCAUCCUGGGUAGUGGCGGCAACAUCAAUGGCAAUCACAGCAGCAGCAUCAACAACAACGGCAGCAAUGGCAACAGCAACAAUCUUAUGAGCAGUACCGCCAACAACGGCAUCCUGGGGCUACUCUCGCAUCAACAGCAGCUCCAAGCACACCAACAACAGCAGCAACAGCAGCAGCAGCAGCACCAGCAACAGCAACUCCAGCUACAGCAGCACCACCUGCAGCAGUCGGCGAUGGGCCUGCCGGCGGAUGUGUUCGCGCCCGGCAGCCUCGGGUUCGACGCCGGUGGCGGCUUCCCGAAGCUUGUCGCCAACAAUGCGCUGCUGUACGAGAUGGACAGCAAGCUGCAGCAGAGCUGGAAGCUGGCGGCGGAAAAGUACAGCAACGCGAUGAACGAGAGUGCGGCGAUUGCGGCGGCUGCGGCGGCUGCUGCUGCUGCCGCGGCCGCUGCUGCCGGCAGCGAGGGCGAGAAGAAGGGUGGCGUGGCCAGUGCGGCGGCGGCCGCCGUCAGUGGGAAGCUGCUGACCGACUUCCUGAACCAGCAGAAGAUGCUCUCGUCCGUGGGGGAGAACCUGUACGGCAAGCAGAACAAGUUCCUCGAGCUGAUCAGCUCGGCGGCUGACAUGAAGCUGAACCCGCUGGCGGCGGCUGCGGUGGCGGCUGUUGCCUCCAACAAGGGCGCGCCCGGACCGGCGGAGCUCGGGGCAGGAGGCGGCGGCGGUGGUGUUGGUGGUGGUGCCGGUGGUGGUGGUGCUGGUGGUGACUUCCAUCUGAAGAAGUACAGCCCGGUCGAUCUGUACAAGCAGCUGAUCGCGAACAACUUCCGCCCGGAGGCGAUGGACGUCGGGGAGGAGCUGAAGAGCGAACAUCAGAUCAGCGUGAAGAAGCUGGAACCGGAACCGUCGACGGCGUUCCGGAACAGCAACUUCAGCCCGAACAUCUCGACGCGCAACUCGUGCAAGACGCUCAAGUGUCCGCAGUGCAACUGGCACUACAAGUACCAGGAAACGCUCGAGAUACACAUGCGCGAGAAGCACCCGGACGGCGAGACGGCCUGCAGCUACUGUCUGGCCGGGCAGGCCCAUCCGCGGCUGGCGCGCGGUGAAUCGUACACGUGCGGGUACAAACCGUACCGCUGCGACAUCUGCAACUACUCCACCACGACCAAGGGCAACCUGUCGAUCCACAUGCAGAGCGACAAGCAUCUGAACAACAUGCAGGACCUGAACGGCAUGAUGAACAAGAGCAACCAGAGCUUCCUGAACCUUGCGACGCUGCAGGCGAACGAGAAGGUGGUGAACAGCUCGCGCAACCAGUACAUGGCGGCGGCUGCAGUAGCGGCGGCCAGUUCACCGCUCUCUUCACUGUCGGGCAAGCUCGGUGGAGGCGGCGGUGGUGGUGGUGUUGGUGGUGGCGGUGGAGGUGUUGGUGGUGGCGGUGGAGGUGUCGGGGGCGGCCCGGGCAGUGCCCAAUCGAAGGAGAGCGGCCCGGUCGGGUACGAGACGGGCGGGCGGCCAAAAUCCUUCUUCAAGUGUGACAUCUGCAACUACGACACGAACAUCGCGCGCAAUCUGCGCAUCCACAUGACGAGCGAAAAACAUAUCAGCAAUCUGAACUCGUUCCAGUCCAGCUUUAACCAGCUGAAGAGCCUGCAGAGCCUGCAGCAGCAGCACCAGCAGGCCCAGCAGCAGCAGUCGGACAGCCUCGACUACCUGAGCGCGAUCAAUCUGAACACGCUAAAGGAGGACUCGCCGAUGGCGCGCGUGGACGAGUAUACGGCGGCGGCGGCUGCAGCGGCCGCAGUGGCGGCUGCCACCUCCGCUGGCAAUUCUGGCAACAGCAACAGCAGCAACAACAACAACAACAACAACAACAACAAUGGUGGUGGUAGCAGUGGUAUCAGCUCGGGCAGCCUGAAGCCUCUGUCGAUGCCGUCGUCUCCGUUCGGCGCACCGCACGAGACGGCGACGCCCGAUUCGCUCUUCCUGAACCAACCCUCGCCGUUCAGUGGGGCAAGCGAGCCGGGCACGGACCGGGACUACCACCAGCACCACCAUCAUCACCACCAGCACCAGCUGGACGAGGACAAGAACCCGCUGCACUUCGAUCCGCCGGUCCGGCUGUCGCUCGACCCCGCCACCUACUACAGCUGUCUGGUGUGUGCCGACUUCGAGACGAACAGCCUGGAGGAGCUGAAAAAGCACGUGCUGAAGGACCGGAGCAGCAGUGCGAUGGACACGAUCCUGAUCGCUGGCCAGGAGUGUCUGCUGUGCGGGCAGAAGGCCCACGACCGGGUGGAGAUGGAGCGGCACCUGAAGGCGGACCACCAUCUGCGCCGGCUCGAGCUGAUGAUCCACCUGCUGGAGGGGCGGGACAAGGCGGCCACCAAGCUGCGCCAGUUCGUUGGCCAGGAGCUGUACAAGAAGCUGCAGCUGAUCUUCCCAUUGGCGGAGGAACCGAAAUUUGCGUACGAUGAGAUGCCAAGCGUCAGCGAAAUUUCGCGCUCUCCGCUAAUGCUGCUGCUCGAGCCGAAAACCGAGCUGAUCGAGCGGGACUACGGGACCGGCGCGAACGGUAUCGAUGGUGAGCAAUCUUCUUCACCGUCGUGCCCGGACAACGUGCAGCUCAAGUGUAACUGCUGCAACUUCUACACCACCUCACUGGAGAAGAUCGGCAUCCACAGCCUGUCGGAGAAGCACAUCUUCCGGCGGAUCUGUUUCGACUAUCUGCUGCUCAUCUCUAGCGAAAAGUCCAGCCUGGCGACGACCGUUAAGAGUGAAGAUGGAACAAAGCAGCAGUCCUCGCCGAAAGCUAGCCAGCUGAUGCUGACCUGCGUGCCGUGCUGCUUCAAGACCGACCACAUCUACUACAUGAUACACCAUCUGAAGAAGAGCUGCAAGGUGGAGCAGAACAUCAACCUGCUCGGGCUGCGAAACAUCUUCAAGCUGACGGCCAAAGGCUUGGACGCCCAAGAUGCAAUGGAUACGGGCGACAACGGGCUGUGCAGCAUACUGCAGGAGAAGAAGAUGUGGAACGGCGAGAACGCCAGCAACCGCCAGUCGGCCGGCGGCUGCAAGGAUCGCUGCCUGGUGUGCAGCGUGUGCAACAAGUUCUCCUCGAAGAAGGUGAACGUGAUGCAGCACCUGCUGGCGAACCACAACGCCGGCAACGAGCUGCUGGGCGGGGCCGAGCUCUCCCCAGCCGUGCCGUCGCUGGCGCGCAAACCGUUCGACUAUCUGCGCACGCUGGCGGAGGCCCGCUGCGCCCAAAACCUGCGGCUCAUCGAGAAGGUCACCUUCAUGAGCGACUCGUUCGCGCUGAAGGAGAACUGCAACGACCUGAAGCACGGCAACCUGGCGGAGAUGCUGGAGCAGUACGCGGCCCGGCAGGAUGCGGGCGACGGCUUUACUGCCGCCCGUUCGCCGCCGCUCGAGAAGCAGCAGCAGCAGCAGCAACACUCGCCGACCCUGUCCUGUCCACUGUGUGCGGAGGCGUUCCUCGACCAGGCCACGGUCGAGACGCACGUGCUGCGCGUCCACAACAUCAAGAUGGACGGGCUGAACCGGCUGCUGAAGCUGGUCGAUACCUCGCAAUUUUUGAAAACGACCAACGGCAAACAGCAGCAGCCGCCGCCGCCGCCGCCGCCCGGCAGCAACAGCAGCAGCCCAGUGGACAAGCCCGGGUCGCCCCAUUCGCCGCAGCAGGGCGGCAAGGAGGGUUCGGUGUCGCCCGGUGGAGGCACACCGAGCAUCCGCUGCUCCUACUGCAAGGCGCCGUUCGACACGAUGGUCGACCUGAAGAUACACUGCAACGAGAGCAGCCACUUCCGGCGCAGCGCCGACUCGGACGAUCUCGCCUGCUUCCUGCACGACUGCAAGGACGCGUUCGACAACCUGGCCGACCUGAACCAGCACUUCAAGGCGAGCCAUCUGAACUUCCUCAUCUCGGAGCACCACACGUACCGGUACCGGUGCAAGCAGUGCCCGUUCGCGUUCAAGACGCACGAGAAGCUGAGCCGGCACCUGUUCUACCACUCGCUGCGGGAGUCGACCAAGUGCUUCUACUGCGACCACCACUUCAAGAACAUCCACUCGCUGACGGCGCACAUCGCGGAGAAGCACCCGCAGGAGGCGCUGCAGUCGGGCAAACCGUCGCCGCCGGGGAUCGCCUCGCCCGACGCGUCCAUCCUCUUCUUCAAGGAUCUCAAGCGCAAGAUGCUCAACAGCCAGCAGCAGCAGCAGCGGAAUGGGUUGAGUCCGCGGUCGGAUCGGUCGGGCGGGCGGGAUGCGCGGGACAGCGUGGAUGAGGAUCGGCUGAGCGAGAAGUCGGUGAGCUCGAAGAGCAGCAGCUUCUACUACGACAAGAGCCUGGACGGAAGCGGCACGUCGGAGGGUCGCUACACCUGCACCGACUGUCAGUUCAGCUUUACGGAUUCCGGGGCACUGGAGCGCCAUCUUGCGACGGCCUGCCAUAUGCCGCGCGACGACAAAGCGUCACCGGACUCGCUCGCUGCCUCGCUGAUGUCUUCCCUCGCCAAGCAUCAUCAGCAGCAGCAGCAACAGCAGCAGCAGCAGCAGCAGCAGCAGCAACACCAACAGCAGCAACAGACCCAACACCAGCAGCAGCAGCAGCAGCUGUCCACGUCCUCCUCCUCCUCCGCCCAGAUGAGCUCGCUGUUCUACGACAUCAAGUCGGAGAAGUUCACCAACCCGAACCGGCCGUUCAAGUGCACGAUCUGCAUGGAAAGCUUCACGCAGAAGAACAUCCUGCUGGUGCACUACAACAGCGUCUCCCACCUGAACAAGCUGAAGAAGCUGAAGGCGGAGAAGGGCUUCGCGCAGAUGUUUACCGGCUCGCUGCUCGGUGCGGACAUUGCCGGGGGAGAGAGCUGUCCCGAUCGGGGCAAGAACUCGCCCUCCCCGACCGUGCCGUUCGGCGAGAAGGCGGCCACACCCUUCACGAUGCCCGCCUUCGCCGAGGGUUGCGGUAGUGGCGAAAAGCGCAAGGAGGUGGGCGACGAGAAGGAGUCGGCGCGCAAGAAGUUCAAGUGCGACAUCUGCAACGUGGCGUACACGCAGGGCAGCACGCUGGACAUCCACAUGCGCAGCGUGCUGCACCAGACGCGGGCCUGUCGUAUGCAGGAGCGCAGUCUCUUCGCCGUGCAGCCGGCAGGGACGCCGCAGCAGCAGCAGCAGCAACAGCAGCCUUCGCCCCAGGGCGGCGACAGCAAGAAGAAGAGCGAGUUCCCACUGAUCCAUCCCAUCCCGGAAAGCCACGACCAGUCGCCGAACAUGCUGGACGAAGUUUCGUCGCUGCGCAAGCUCAAGUCUCCUUCGGAGCAGAUGCAGCAGCAGCAGCAGCAGCAGCAGCAACUGCACCAGCAGCAGGCACUCGGCCCACUGUUCUGCGGGGUGCCCGUCGGUGGCCCCGACAAGCCGGAAAUUUGCGUGUGCGAAUGCUGCUACCAGGUGUUCCCGGGUAAGCUGAUGCUCGAGACGCACCUCGAGCUGAGCCCGGAGUGUCUGGCGCACCGCAAGAAGCUGCUCGAGGCAGCCGCCGGGCUGCCGAGCGAUCCGGCCGGCCCGCUGGGCUUCCCGGGCGAUGGCGUCGGCUUCCCGCACCACCACCAGGCACUGAGCGAGCUGGCCAAGGUCAACCAGGGCGGCGGCGGCGGCGGGUUCGAUCUCGGAGCGCCGGGCGACGCAGCCGCCCUGCUCGGCGCCAAGGGGCUCGUGCCGGCGAUGGAUCCAGCCGCUACGGCCGCCGCAGCAGCAGCCGCCGCCAACCUGAUGGAUCCGAGCUUCCUCAAGAACGCAUCGCUGCUCCAGUUUGCCGCCUCCGAUCCAACCAACAAGCUCAACCCGAACGCGCUGAACGUGCUGAACUUUAUGCACUUCCACCAUCUGAUGUCGCUGAGCUAUCUGAAUCUGGCGCCGCAGCUAAGCUUCGGUGGCGUGCCGCCGAAGGUCGACCCGACCAAGCCGGACGGUUCGCCCGGCGGUGGCGGUGAUCCCGUCGGCGGCAAGGGUGGCAAGACACCGUCGGGCGGCUCCGUCGUACUGCCGCCGGUCAGCUUGAACGGCAAGCCGCUCGAUCUGAACCUGCUGCCGCACGGGCUGGACCCGAAGCUGGCCGCCCAGUCGCCGCAGCAGCUCGCCCAGGUACAGUCCGCGCUGGGGCAGCAGCAGCAGCAGCAGCAGCAGCAGCAGCAGCAACCCUGCACGCAGAAGCGGGCCCGCACCCGCAUCACGGACGAGCAGCUGCGCAUCCUGCGCUCCCACUUCGACAUCAACAACUCGCCGAGCGAGGAAAGCAUCCAGGAGAUGUCGCUGAAGGCGAACCUGCCGCAGAAGGUGGUGAAGCACUGGUUCCGCAACACGCUGUUCAAGGAGCGGCAGCGCAACAAGGACAGCCCGUACAACUUCAGCAUCCCACCGUCGACGAAGCUGAACGUGGAGGAGUACGAGCGGACGGGCGAGGCGAAGGUGACCGACCUCGAGACGGCCUCGUUCAAGGCGUCCGAGGUGGGCGGGUCGCUGUCGCAGGACAACUCCUGCUCGCAGGGCUCGACCGACAUGAGCAAAGCGCUGAACGAGGCGAUGAAGCAGAACCUGUCCAAGUCGCUGCUCGAGUCGCUCAGCAAGCAUCAGUCGGCGACGGGGCAGGAUUUGGUCGGGGCGGCCGCUGCCUUCCAUCUCAACAAGAGCCUCUUUCCGGACAGCUUCGGUGCAGGUGUUGUGGGUGGCGGCGUCGGAGUAGGAGGCGGUGGUGUUGGUACAGGUGUUGGUGGUGGUGGUGUCGUCGGUGGGCCGGACUUUUCCGGCCCCGACACGGUGGGCGUAGUGUCGGACUACUUCCAGCGGGCGGCCGCCGACGCCCUGGCUGGGGGCCCCCUCGGGAGUCCUCUGUCGUUGGGGGGCGGUAACGGCGGCUCGUUGACGGCCGGAAAUGGAGGCAGCGGUGGCGGCGGCGGCGCAGGUGGUGGCGGUGGCGGUGGUGGAGGCAACGCCGGUGGCAAGAAGAAGAAGAUCAAGUCGGAAUCGUCCAACGACAGCCCGACGCCGGCCGACCUGCAGCUCGACUCGUCCAACUCUAGCCCGAUGCCGAUGCGGCCGCCGAGCGCGAUCUCGCUGAAGAAGCACAUGGCCACGCCGCCGUCGCUCGUGGGCGUCGGCGACGAGAUGAAGAUACCGAGCCCGAUCGAGAGCCCGGUCAUCUCGCCGCCCGGCUCGAUGGGGCUGCACGCGCUGCCCCCGCAGACGCAGCCGAUCACCUGCUCGAACGGCAAGCGGGCCAACCGGACGCGCUUCACCGACUACCAGAUCAAGGUGCUGCAGGAGUUCUUCGAGAACAACUCCUACCCGAAGGACAGCGACCUGGAGUACUUGAGCAAGCUGCUGAUGCUGUCGCCCCGCGUCAUCGUCGUCUGGUUCCAGAACGCUCGCCAGAAGCAGCGCAAAAUCUACGAAAACCAGCCGAACCCGACGUUCGAGUCGGACGAGAAGAAGGCGAUCAACAUCAACUACACGUGCAAGAAGUGCAACCUGGUGUUCCAGCGGUACUACGAGCUGAUCCGGCACCAGAAGAACCACUGCUUCAAGGAGGAGAGCAACAAGCGGUCGGCCAAGGCGCAGCUGGCCGCCGCCCAGAUCGCCCACUCCUUCACGAGCGGCAGCGAGGACUCGGACUCGAGCCUGGACGUCAGCCGGCGCGAGUUUCAGCCGCGCGAGAACGACUGCCCUUUCUAGGAGCCGUGGGGCGGCUGGCGGGCCCCGGCCAGCAUGCAGCACUAAGGGGCAGCAUGCGCGUGCGCCGUGGCGUCCCUUAAGCCUCCCCCUUUUACUUACCCCGCGUCACCCCUCCCCCCACACGCUGUUGGGCGCCUUCAUCCCGCUCUGUUUUUAGCGUUUGUGAACCCUUUACCCGAGGGUAAUAUUGCUUCCAGUGUCCUCCCUCCUUUCCCUCAAAUGCUCCUAAAAUUAUUAUUUUCUUUCCCCCAAUAUGCUCCCCUCCCCCCCCCCCCUUCUCUCUGUAUGUCCCUCUCCUUCUCACUGUAUCCUCGUUGAAGAGACAGAAAAAAAACACCUCGCACCUCUCGCGGCGUGGCCGGCGGCUAGUCUUUAUUUUAUUGUAAUGCUUACUUUUUCAAACCUUUUUUUAGUUUUAUUUUUACUUUAUUUUUGAUUAAUGCUCUUCGUUGCUUUAGGUUCCUUUUUUUUUGCUCUUUUGUUUUACUUUUUUUGCCGCACCGCCGUCGAGAUCGUUUUUUUUUUGUUUUUCGUUAACUUAUAUCGUUAGGAUUUUAGCUUCAUUUUCUUUCCUUUUUUUGGUUAUUUCUGUCGAGCUUUUCUAAAAAACUAAAAAACAAAACGAAAAAACAAACUCGUCGCCACACCUAGCAAGGAUUAGACUUAAUGUGCCGUCAUUUUCUUUUUUGUGUGAGCCAAGCCAAUUGGAAAACAAACAAAACGCUCCAUAUUCCCUCUCCUCCCGGGCCUCCCCACUUUCUGACCCCGUUGCCCACCAAAACCGCGGGCGGAGCAGAACCUGGGCCCUGGGCAAAUGCCGGGAAGGGGAACAAACCGCCAUUGAAGCAUCGCGCGUUUCAAUAAUUGUAAUCGAUUGAUGUGUUAACUUGCUCCUCGCCUUGAUUUGCUAGUGAAUGAAAAGUCGUUAUUUUUGUUUUAUGUUUUUUGUGUGUGUGUGCGUGUGUGUAAACGAAGAAGAGAAGAAAACAAACAAAUCAUAUAAUUUAUAGGUGAUCGUUCUUGCAUCGUUUAUUUUUUGUAUUAGAUUUUUUGUUUUUUUUUUCCUAUUAUUAUUCUCGUGUGUAGUGGACGUGUGUGAGUGAAGGGUUUUCUUUCUUUCCGCUUUCUUCCCGUUCCAUCGCUGAACGCGAAGAAACCAGAGAAGAAGAAAACGACGACGACGAAGAAGAAGAAGAAGAAGAAGAAGAAGAAGAAGAAAACACUUGAGUUGUAAAACUUAGAACGAGACAAUGAGUCGAAAAUCCCCGCAUCAAAUGUAAUGUGAAAGUUCCUAAAACAAAAGAUCGCAAAUAUUAAGAAUUUAGUUAGAAGAAGAAGAAGAAAAAAAAAGAGGAAACUAAGAAACAAAGAAGCGCCUGUCUUUGGUG